AUGGGAACCCGGACCUUCUUCCAGCACCGAGAGGAGGAGCAGAAGGAGGAGAGGCAGCAGAGCUUGCACAUGACCUCUACCACUAGCAAGAAAAAGUUCAAAACCAGUGAUGAAGAAGAGACCUUCACCCUUUCAGAAUUAUCCAUAGCAGCUGCCCUGGCCUUGGCCUCCGAAAAACCACCGGAUUACAAGCUAAAAAGAGAAGCUGCCAUCCUCGAGCUAGAGCAGAGGGGACAAAAGAGGGUUCGGUUUGGGAAUGACAUGGAAAAGCUGGAGAAAGAAGUUAUCAGGAACUGCAGGCUGCUGCGUGUGAGAGCUGACCGGAAGGCCCUUCGGAGGAAGGCUGUCGAAAAGGCGCGGGAGGAGAAGGAACUGGUGGAGCUGCGUGCGGGGAGAGCGCCCAUGUUCUGGAUCCCGCUCCGAGUGCACGCCGUGUGGGAGCGCAUGGAAGUGACGCUGGUGUGCACGGUGCUGGGCUCGCCGCCGCCGCGCGUCACCUGGUUUAAGAAUGGAGCCCGUAUCGAUCCUCGCCUGGCGCCCGCGGGGAAGUACCGGCUCCGGAACGCGUUCGGGACGCUCAGCCUGCACAUCGGCAGGUGUUCCAUGGAAGAUUCCGCCGAAUACAGUGUUGAAGUUAAGAAUCAAUACGGCGAGGCUUAUUCAUUUGCUACGGUGCUCGUCAGGCAACAUUAUGGAAAGGAGUCAGGAUUUGAUUCAGAAAUAUACAGAAGAUCUCUCCUGGCCAGAGAGGCAGAUUUUGCCUUUUCACUGAAACCCUUAUUCGCAAGGGAGAAGGAGCCGUUCACCCUUUCCUGUUACUUCUCGUCUGAUCUCCUUGAACACCAGCGAGACAUCAGCUGGUUCAGAGACGGUGAGUUGCUGCAGGAUUCCCCAUGCCGGAAAUUCCAGUACCAAGACCAGGAGGCUUCUCUGACAGUGUCGUGUGCUUACAAAGAAGAUGAGGGCUUCUACAGCAUUCGCGUCCCCACGCUGGAUGGACACAAAGAACAGACUACUUACGUGUUCGUCAGAGAUGCUGCAGCAGAAACAGCUGGUGCACCUGGAUCCCCCCUCAAUGUGAAAUGCCACGAUAUAAAUAAAGAUUGCUUGAUAGUCUCUUGGGUACCACCCAGUGAUAACGGAGGAAGUCCAAUCCUGGGAUACUAUGUCGAAAGGUGCGACGCCGGUUCGGAGGACUGGGUGCCCUGCAACGAGGCGCCGGUGCGAACCUGCCGGCUGCCUGUCCUGGGCCUCGCCGCGGGCCGCACGUACCGGUUCCGAGUGAAGGCUCUCAACAAAGCGGGCAUCGGCCUUCCCUCCAAGAGCAGCGAGCCCGUGACAACCCACGACCCCAGCGAGAGCCGCAGGGUGACAGUUAUUCCAUACGAUGGUGGCAGGACGAUAGAGAUUUCCAAGGAUGACUUAGAAGGACAUAUUAAAAUUCCCUUGCCACCCACCAAUGUUCACGCAAGCGAGGUCAGAGAAGAUUACGUGGCCUUGGCUUGGGAUGAACCAGAUCCAAGAGGCAGAGAGCCACUGAAUUACUACGUGGAAAAGUCAAUUGCAGGCAGCAACGCCUGGCAAAUGGUUAAUCUGGAUAUGCCAGUUAAUUCCCCAAGAUUUGCACUCUUUGAUCUUGUUAAAGGAAAAUCUUACUGUUUCCGCGUGCGCUCCGUUAACAAGUAUGGGAUCAGCGAGCCGUCACAGCCCAGCGAGCCCAUAACUGCUGGAGCAAAACUGGCUCCUCUGCCGCCUCCAUCUCAGGUUUUAGCCUUCAGAGACACCAAGACAUCUGUUGUUUUGCAAUGGGAUAAGUUAAAAGACGGGCUGGAGCCUCUUGGCUACUACAUAUAUUGCCGGGAGAGCGGGACGGAGGAAUGGCAAACGGUCAACAACAAGCCGGUGACAUGUACCAAAUUUACUGUUCCUGGGCUGCAGCCUGGAAAAGAGUACGUGUUCUGUGUGAAAACCGUCAGUGAGGCCGGCCUGAGCGAGAGCUCACCAGAAACAGACCCCAUCGUUGUGAGGCCAGCGAUCGCUUGUCCAUCUGCACCACGGGGGUUUGUCCUUCUGAACUGCGGGAAGACUGACAUGACCAUUGGCUGGAAACCCCCAAAGCGCAAAGGAGGAACAAAGAUUUUGGGCUACUUUCUAGAUCAGCACGAUGCAUCUGAACCAGACUGGCACGAAGUCAAUAUUCAACCAAUUCCUCAACGAGUUUGCAAGGUGAGCAACCUCGAGGCAGGACACCUGUAUGAAUUCCGGGCUCGUGCCGUGAACAUGGCUGGUGUUGGGAAAGUAUCUGAGCCCAGUGACUUGUUCAAAUGCGAGGAAUGGACAAUGCCAGAACCAGGCCCUCCCUACGACGUGAGGAGCACUGAAGUAAAAGACACCUCCCUGAUGCUCCACUGGGAAGCACCGUUGUACACAGGAGCGGGUCCGGUCACAGGGUAUUACGUAGACGUGUGUGAAGAAGGGUCAGAGCAGUGGACGCAAAUAAAUAAGCAGCCCAUAGCCAGCACUCACCUAAAGGUGUCAGACCUGGAGACGGGGAAAUCCCUUAUUUUCCGAGUAAGAGCACUGAACAAGGCUGGAAUUGGUCCUCCCUCUCUCCCUUCAGAUCCAGUGGUGGUAAAAACCAAACCCGGCACAAAUGAAAUAGAACUUGGAGUCGAUGAGGAAGGUUUCAUUUACAUGGCUUUUGAAGCACCCGAAAAGAAUGAUUCCUCUGAAUUUAUCUGGUCGAAGGAUUAUGAAGGACCACCAGAUUCUGAGAGAGUCCGAACUGAAGAGAAAGGCAACAGAUCUAAGCUCAUCCUGAAAGAGCCAUCAGAAAAAGAUCUGGGGACAUAUUCAGUGGAGGUCACAGAUGUAGAUGAUGAUAUCUCUGCCAGCCGUACAUUAACACAAGAAGACCUGGACAAGUUACUGAAACGCAGCCAUGAAAUCAGGAAUCCAUUGAUCAAGCUCAUCUCCGGGUGGAACAUUGAUGUUCUUGAGAAGGGAGAAGUGCGGCUGUGGCUGGAGGUGGAGAAGCUGUCACCGGCGGCAGAGCUGCACUUGAUCUUCAACGCCAAGGAGCUCACGAGUACCCCCACACAUAAGAUAAACUUUGUCAGAGAAAAAGGCCUGGUCGAGCUUAUAAUCCAGAACUUCUGUGAUGAUGACAAAGGCAUGUACACAGCCCAGCUGCAAGACGGAAAGGCUAAAAAUCAAUUCACUCUAGACCUUUUGGAUGAACGUUUUGACAAAGUCUUAGAGGAGGCUCGUGCAAAACGGAGAGAAUGGAAGAAAAAGCAGGGUCCACAUUUUAUAGAAAACUUGAAAUGGAAGGUUACUGAGAACUGUGAAGUACUGCUUACCUGCAAGGCAGCAAACCUGAAAAAGGACACCAGCUUUCAGUGGUUCUUCAAUAAGAAGGCUCGAACAGGCGGCGUGUUUGACCAGCAAACAGGGAUAGGAACUCUUCGGAUUAAAAAGAUAACCAAAGCAGAUGAGGGCCAGUACAAAGCAGUUGUUUCAGACGACCGAGGAGAGGACGACACCCAACUGGAUCUCACAAAAGGAGCUUUUGAAGACCUUCUCAAGGAGCUGUGCAGGAUCAGUGCUCUUUCUGCUACACCUCUGAAAAUUCAGCCUACUGCAGAAGGCAUCAAAAUCUACACUGAUGUGAAGUACUACACAGACUACAUGAAAACAACGUGGUAUCACCUGGAGAAACGUCUAGAAAGUCGUGACAGACUGAAAACUGGCAGUACAGGGAAUCAGAUCUGGCUUCACAUACUGAACCCCACAGAGGCAGAUAAAGGAAAAUAUACCCUGGAGUUAUUUGAUGGGAAGGACUCACGCAAACUUACAACCGACUUGUCUGGACAAGCCUUUGAAGAUGCCCUGGCUGAGCACAGAAGGCUAAAAGAAGCAGCAGUAGCAGAAAAGUGUCGUGCCAGAGUCGUUCAAGGCCUGCCAGAUGUGGCCACCAUCAUGGAGGAUAAGACCCUGUGUUUAACUUGCUGCGUAUCUGGAGAUCCUUACCCAGAAAUCACAUGGUUCAAAAACGAGAAGGUUAUUGUCUUUAAAGAUCGUUAUAAAAUGGACGUGAAGGGGUCAGUCGUCACAAUUACCAUUGAUAAAGUCUGCAACGAAGACACAGGAAAAUACAGCAUCUAUGUCAAGAACAAAUAUGGUUCUGAAACAGGGCAGGUUACUAUAAGUGUUUACAAGCAUGGAGAGAUACCAAUCGGGGUGGAAGCAGAGUAA